GCAAGGUUAAACCGACAAUGUGGACGAGUCUUAUUUUAUCACUGCUCCUGGUACAUUGCCUGGUUGCUGUGCCAGCUCCCAAUUUAAAUUACCCGAAUACGGAACCUUGGAGUGCGGAGAGGGCUUGUCGAGAAGUGGACAGAUCGGUUAUGAUCGAAAACAAAAACGAUGCCACAUGCGCCACUUACGUGUAUUGUUAUAUAGCUGGUGGAUCUACAAGAGCGCUAAUUAAAAGCUGCAAGAGCAAUCAAUUCUUCAAUGCCGAAUUUAAAUUGUGCAGUAUCAAUAAACCUGAAGGUUGCGAAUAAUUUCUAGAAACCUUAAAAUAAAUGGUUGACUUG